ACUGUAGGUACGCCCUCUGUGUCGGAGCAUGCUUGUGUGUUCAUGCGUGUUGGAAGCAGGUGGAUCACGGAUGCGUCUGCAAGCUCUUCAUCAAGCUUGUGUUUUGUGAGUCCGGAGCACAUCAGCAUUCUGGAUAUAAUUCUGCGUCUGUGGAUACGGACACACAUUCGGACGCCGCAUCCGACUGUCGUUAAACAUCCGUUUCAUCUGUUCUGGGAUUUUCCACUGAGGAGACAUUAAGACAGGGGAAUGUGGACACAGGAGAGAACGUGUCUCCAUCUCCUGCAAGAUUCCCUGUGAACCAGCAGCUUCCAUCCUAAAGAGCAGAGAAGCGUAACCGGUAGGAUGGUAGCAGGGGAAGUGAGUGGGCACAGCUUCCUGGUGGCAUGCUGGCAGCCCAUUCUAAUCUUAAUGCUGGGCACAGUGCUGUCUGGCUCUGCCACGGGCUGCCCAUCGCGUUGCGAAUGCAGUGCUCAGGAGCGUUCGGUCUUGUGCCACCGCAAGAAGCUGAUGUCCGUUCCAGAGGGAAUCCCAUCGGAAACACGACUCUUGGACCUCAGCAAGAAUCGAAUCAAAACCAUCAAUCCAGAUGAGUUCUCCACCUUCCCGCAGCUGGAAGAGCUGGAGCUCAAUGAAAACACCAUCUCGACCAUCGAGCCCGGGGCUUUUAACAAACUCUACAGCCUGCAGACUCUGGGACUGCGCAGCAACAAGCUGAAGCUCAUCCAGCUGGGAGUGUUCAUGGGCCUCAGUAACCUAACAAAGCUGGACAUCAGUGAAAAUAAGAUCGUAAUUCUGCUGGACUACAUGUUCCAAGACCUCUACAACCUGCGGUCUCUGGAGGUUGGGGAUAAUGACCUUGUCUUCAUAUCCCACAGGGCAUUUCACGGCCUCAGCAGCCUGGACCAGCUCACGCUAGAAAAGUGCAACCUGACCUCUGUCCCGACAGAGGCCUUCACGCACCUGCACAGUUUGGUCACGCUACGCUUACGAAACCUCAACAUCAACAGCAUCAGAGACUACAGCUUCAAGCGGCUCUACCGUCUCAAAGUGCUGGAGAUCGCCAACUGGCCCUACCUGGAUACCAUGACCACUAACUGCUUGUACGGAUUGAAUCUUACCUCCCUAACGAUCACUAAUGCAAACUUGACAUCGAUUCCAUAUUUGGCCUUGCGGCACCUGGUUUAUCUUCGUUUCCUAAACAUGUCCUACAAUCCCAUCCAGAUGAUCGAGGGCAACCGGCUCCACGACCUGCUCAGACUGCAGGAGUUCCACCUGGUAGGCGGUCGACUGACGAUGAUUGAACCCUAUUCCUUUAGAGGACUGAACUACCUGAAAGUCCUCAAUGUGUCCAGCAGCUCCCUUACCACCCUGGAGGAGUCUGUGUUCCAUUCGGUGGGGAACCUGGAGACCCUCGCGUUGUACGACAACCCACUGGCUUGUGACUGCCGUCUGCUUUGGGUUUUCCGACGCCGCUGGAGGCUCAACUUCAACCGCCAGCAGCCGACUUGCUCCUCACCCGAGUUCGUUCAGGGAAAAGAGUUCAAGGACUUCCCUGACGUGCUGCAGCCCAAUUACUUCACGUGUCGGAAGUCUAGGAUCCGAGACCGGAAACCACAGCAGAAGUUCCUUGAUGAAGGCACCACCGUCCACUUCGUCUGCCAAGCAGAUGGAGACCCGACACCUGUCAUCAUGUGGCUUUCUCCACAAAAACAGUUUAUCACCACGAAAACAAUAGGACGGCUCACUGUUUUCCCGGAUGGCACCUUGGAGGUGCGCUACGCUCAGAUUCAGGACAAUGGGACGUAUGUGUGCAUUGCUAGCAAUGCAGGUGGAAACGACACCGCUUUGGCCCACCUACAUGUCCACAGUUACUCGCCAGACUGGCCUAACCAACCCAACAAAACCUUGGCGUUUAUCUCCAACCAACCCAACGACAACGGAGCCAAUGGAACAAGAGCAACAGUCCCGUUCCCUUUUGAUAUAAAGACGCUAAUCAUCGCCACCACCAUGGGCUUCAUCUCCUUUUUGGGUGUGGUUCUGUUCUGCCUUGUUCUGCUCUUUCUUUGGAGCAGAGGCAAAGGCAACAGUAAACACAACAUUGAGAUAGAGUACGUCCCGCGCAAAUCAGACGCUGGGGCGAGCAGCAGCGGCAACGAUGCCCCUCGGAAAUUUAACAUGAAAAUGAUAUAAUCCAGCCAGGGAGCUCAAAAGACCCUUUCAAAAACAGACUCAGAGACAAAAACAAGAGAUUCCCUGCCUGUACAACCUCUGGCUCUGACGAGCUCCCCAUAGAGGAGGGGUGUUUUUCCCCCUUUCUAAAGUUGGAUGUGCGGCAGAGGGGUCGGUGCUUUUCUUCAAUAUUGAACAUGAGAGGGGGAAAAUGUCCUCAUGCGCACUCCUCUGUGAUGGCCGCUUAAACUCAGCCUACGGGGACCAAUAUCUUUGAGAGAGGAUUUUGUUUUAAAACAUUUCAGUUCCUGUGGAUUUUUAUGGGCAAAAAAACAUGGAAAAAAAGGAAAAACUGAACCUCCAAAAUGUUUUGUGUCGACCUCCAGAAUGCAAAGGCAGACCAUCCUUCUCCCUGCUGUCCUGCUGCCCACAUCCGUUUUGUUAGUUUGUUUGUUUAACCCAUUCUUUUCUUGUUUGCUUCUUAAAUUAAUAGUUUUAUGACAGAAUAACAGUAGAUAAAUCAGGGGUGAAAAGCACAUUUAACAAACCUAACA